AUGGUCCCAUAUGAAGAAACUGAUAAUUUGGCUACUAGGCGUGAAAAAUUAUUAAAUAAAAUAACUACAUUGGGAAGAAAGCAAGGAAGAAUUGAAAAAUUAAUAUAUUAUUACUAUAUUGGAGAGGAGUUACUAAAAUAUAAUAACUAUAGAGAGAAAUGGAGGGUUGUUGUAAAAGAAAAAAUGUUUAUGAGCGAAAAAAGGCAUUUUACAAAUGCUAUAAGAGUAUACAAGCUUUUUAAAUUAGUAAACAAAGAAAAGAUUUAUAACACUGUUUAUUUGAAUUCCAAUUUAAUUGGAGAAUUGUCCACAACUGAUUAUAAAAAACUUUAUUUUGAGGAACUUUCAUAUGAAAGAGUCAAGGAUAUUUAUGAACAAGAAAAUGCUAUAAGUAUUGUUGUAUCUGUUGGUGAUCAAUUAUCACAAAAUAAUACAGCAUAUUGGCUUUCUGAAGCUACAUCUGUUUUUUUACCAUUACAUCCAGUAGUUAUUACUAAAUUCAUUUCAGGUGCCUCUGAAAUUGAUGUUGAUGCAAUAAAUAAAUUUAGACAAU